AUGUCGGUAGGCGUUGGGGGCUACGAGGCUGGCGCCGUCCCUUCUACAGCAAGUGUGAGCCAGACUCUAGACACAGUAGCAGGGCUUCUGCGUUCCUACGAUCGCAUCGAUGGAUAUAUAAGCCAGCUACGCCUUCCGGAGGCUGCGCGAUUGCUUGGUGUUUGCUAUACUGAUCAGGUGUCGCUCUCUCCGGAUGGUGAGUUGGAAGAGGAGAUCCAGGUGUGUUGCGCCUCGUUGCGUGACAAGUGCCUUUCGGAGGUCUUUCACCUCUCUAAUGUCUCCAGCUCCGAGUAUGUGCGCGUCGAGAUCGAGCGCUACCACUUCCGGCGGCGUCUGUCGGAGUUUGAGUCAGGUUCGGCGGACGCUACUGAUUGCAGCGCGCUGUUCCAGCAGCUGCUGGAGGACGCAGAGUCCGACGCAGACGGCAUAGUUGAGGAAGCGGAGAAGGUGCUGCACGCUCUGAAAUGGGCGUGGUACCGCCGUUACGAGAUGCUUGUGAAGCUGGUGCUUUUCGUGGCUCGAAGGUGGUUGUGUUUUUCCGGCGGCGAUAACACUGACGGCAAUCGACAGUCCAUCACGCUGCAGCAUGAGGAAUACCAUAUCUACUACCACGAGUUCGACGAAUGCGUCGUGCUUCUGAACAUGUCAGAAACGUUUGUGCGGCUCAUUGAACAAUGUGCAUUCCGCUACGUCACGCCGGUCAUCCGUAUGCCGCCGGGCUCCGACUGCGACGAGGAAAACUCCAUUGAUUUUGUCCAUAACACGUGUUUGGGCGCUGCGUUCACAAGCAAAGAGGGCGUAAAAAUCGCUAUUGAUGGGUACAGCUCAACUUCUGAGAUGCCAGCAGGGGUGGUUGGGCGCAUCCGAAGUGUGGAGUCGGUAUUACGUCAGCUGUUGCGACUUGCCGAGAAUUGCGAAUGGAGCAGUGGCGUCGCUCAGAAGGAUACACCACGUCAAGUAGACUAUGCUACCGUCGAGUUGUCCAGUUUCAACUGCAUGUCAGAGCUGCAUACCCGCGUUCUGACUGCGGAGCUGGUCUGCAGGCUUGUCGAGUCAAUCUACCCAUGCUGGGAGCUUGAAGGUUUCGGCUUCGAGGAUAUACUCCACUCGUUUAGGGGGCUCUGCGAUGCUUUGCGCUACGCUGAACUGAUGCGUGACGAUACGUCAUGUCGGUUCAUUGAACGUUUUUUCAAGUGCGUCUUCGACAGUUGGGAUGGGCAUGCGCUCGUGUUCGGGCGUUUUUGCGGGCGUUCGCAGAGCGACGAAAGCAUCAUGCAGGCAGCUACGCUGUCUAAAGCUGACAUACGCCGUGGUAUGUUUGUCCGGCGUGCCGACAAGCCGUCUAUAACCACGCUGCUGGGUGGUUUGAUGGAUGCCGACUUUCGCGGUGUCAACAUAUCGGAGGUGUUCGCUUCGUUCGACUGGGCGAAUAAGAUGGAAACAUGCUAUGUGUCUAACCACAUCUACACCCUCGCCGCGUUUCUCUUCGUACUCACGGCGAAGCCCAUGGCGAUCUUGCGCCAAGGGUUCGACCUGUUGGGCAGUGGCAUUAUAUCGCAACGUGUCAUUUCGUCAUGCGUGAACCGGUAUUCAGAGAUGGUAUCGUCGGUGGUCACGACGUACGUGCUGAUGACGCAGGAUUCGUUUAAGCAAUUUGUGUUGAGCGUUGCUAAAUCGGUGGGCAAGGACGAGGAUGCGAAAAACAUUGGAGAUUUGAGGAUGCCGCUCACGAUGUUUUUCAUGUUCAUGUCUAACGUAUCCUUUAUGUCAAGCACAAGUUUGGUGCUGCCGUACUUCGCACAGGAGAUUGAGUCACGAGCCCAAUUUGGCACAGACACUACGCCGGGUGAAGCGGAUCGCGUACUGAUAUCCGAUUUGGUGAAGCGGCAUUACCAUACCUGUAGUUUGCAUAUCCAUCUGUUGAAGGUGCAGGACUACCUCUUGGCCCAGGUUACGGCGUUCGUUCAGCAGGUCCUGCAAAAACUCCUGAGCAGGGUGUUGAACGCCAUCAACGAGGAUUCGGACACCUUCGGAGAAGAUGCUCUGCAGCUGUUCGCUUUGGUUUCGUCGUUGUGCGAAUCAAUGCUGCCUUCAACGCUACGUCUCACAACCCUGUGCCUGAUUCUCGAUCUGUACUUCACCACGGUGCCCGACCUAUUCCUGGACUACUUGGACCUGCUGAAUUACCAGCCAUCGGACGGGAUGCUAGCAAUAAUCACCACCUUCAUCGUGAGACUGGAGGGCAGCCUUUCGAGCUACGUGUUAGAUUUGAACAAGGAUCGUGGCGACUUCGUGUACUUCGAGAAGUUCACCGCUUUCGCUGGAGUGUUCAGGCAAGACUUUUCGGGUGUGGAAAACCCGAGCAGCACGUACAACCAGCGUGACCUGAACCGGCUAUUUAAGCUGUGCAAGUAUAUCCAGGGCAGGUCCGGAGUCCGACUACCCUGA